UAUGCGAAUGGUCAAAUAACUUUAGGAAGCACAAGCAAAUGAGACGGCUUAAUUAAUUAGAAGUUUUAUUUUUCUUUUUAAAUUUAAAAGUAUAAAUACUAAUAACUCAAUGAAUUCAAUAAGGGAUCGAUCGAAACUAGAAGUCUUAAAUUAAUUUUCUCCGUGUGAACUUUUCUCUAUCUAAUAAUAAUCUCCCCGUCUCUUUUCUUCGAAUAUCUCGAAAAAUUGUUUCUAUUAUUCCGAUUCUGCCCCUGAUCCCCGCCAUUAUUUACCGUCGGCAACAUGAAUCCUAUGAUGCUGGUCAACUGCGCCGGCUGUCGUACUCCGCUUCAGCUACCGCCGGGAGCCCCAUCCAUACGCUGUACCCUCUGCCACGCCAUCACUUACAUCGCCGAUCCACGCGCCGCUCCUCCUGCUCAACCAUCGUCAACCUCACUUUACGCGCCGCAGCCUCGUCCACCGGCCCACGCGCCUCCUCCCCCGUCUCCGUAUGGACACGCGCCUCCGGGACCUCCCCCGAACGCGCAUGGGCGCAAAAGGGCUGUGAUUUGUGGGAUUUCGUACAAGUUCUCGAGGCACGAACUCAAGGGGUGCAUCAACGACGCCAAGUGCAUGAAGUACCUGCUGAUCAACAAGUUUAAGUUUCCUCCGGAAUCUAUUCUCAUGCUCACAGAAGAAGAAACUGAUCCAUACAGGAUUCCAACUAAACAUAACAUUAGGAUGGCUUUAUUCUGGCUAUUACAAGGAUGUCAGGCGGGUGACUCCUUGGUAUUUCACUACUCUGGUCAUGGGUCACGGCAGAGAAACUACAAUGGCGAUGAAGUUGAUGGAUACGAUGAAACUCUGUGCCCCCUAGACUUUGAAACUCAGGGUAUGAUUGUUGAUGAUGAGAUCAAUACAUCAAUUGUUAAACCUCUUCCCCAUGGAGUUAAGCUUCAUGCAAUAAUAGAUGCUUGCCAUAGUGGCACUGUACUAGAUUUGCCAUUCCUCUGCAGAAUGAACAGGAGUGGACAGUAUGUAUGGGAGGAUCAUCGGCCUAGAUCAGGUGUGCAGAAAGGAACAAGUGGUGGAGAAGUUAUUUCUAUCAGUGGUUGCGAUGAUCAUCAAACCUCAGCUGAUACAUCUGCCUUAUCAAAGAUCACAUCAACUGGUGCUAUGACUUAUUGCUUUAUCCAAGCCAUCGAGCGUGGACAGGGGAGCACAUAUGGGAGCAUACUGAAUUCCAUGCGAUCUACCAUUCGGAAUACAGGUAGUGGUGGGGGCGGGAUUGGCGGUGGCGGUGAUGUUGUUACAACUCUUAUUGGCAUGCUUUUGACAGGAGGCAGUGCUGGUGGUGGGCUAAGACAGGAGCCCCAGUUAACUUCCUGUCAGCCAUUUGAUGUGUAUGCAAGACCUUUCUCCCUUUGAUAUUUUUUGUAUUCAUAGACUGAUUUAUUUACACAUCUACUCUAUUCUUGAUUAAUGAACGUUUUUUUUCUUGGGGUGACAAAUAAUUAGAACUGUUGGGUGUUUUAGUGAGAGUGUACCUAAGAAUGUAUAAAAAUUUCCUACAUCAAGCCAUCUUUGUAAUUAAUUCUUACAUUUGUUUGAACAUCGGAAUUAAUGUUGAAGUCAAUUACUAU